AUGGCUCCCAAGUUUAUUAUUAGCCUUUUCUCCCUUCUGCCUAUAACGGCUGUUCUUGCCUUGAAUCCGAGCUGUGCUCCUGGUGGCAAUUUCGACUUCACUGUUUGGAGUCUUCAGCUCCCAACAGGCAGCGAUGGCAGCGUCGAUACCAUCAAGAGCAAAGCCCUUCAAGGUUGCAACGGCUACACUGGUCCUACGUUCUACACCGACAAGUCCAAUGGUGAGCUCAUUCUGACGGCACCGGGCAACCCGGACAUCACUGGCUGUGCUACCACUUCCGGUAGCCAGCACUGCCGGACGGAGCUGCGAGAAGUGAACAAGAACGGUCAAAACACUAAUUGGGCUCCUACUGGCACAAACACCAAUACCGUGACGCUGAAGGUUGUCAAGGCAGACGACGGCACUCACGGCACCGCCAUUGGCCAGGUCUUUGCCGCCGAAGCCAGCAAGCCUCUUGCCGAGAUGUACUACAGCACCAAAGGCGAUAUUGUCGUUGGUGUAAAGCGCGAUGAGGAUAGCGAUCAAGUUGUCACAAAGCUCGGAAACGUUCCUGUGGGAACGUACUUUACCUAUGUCAUGUCUUAUUCCAAAAACGUCUUGAGCAUUUCUAUCAACGGAAACAAGACGACGCUUUCUACUUUUGACUGGGAUUCCCCCAACUGCUACUUCAAGACUGGCAACUAUAACCAGGGCAAGACUGCCGUUACCUCAGAGGUGCACAUCCGGUCUAUUAAAGUGGUGCACUCUUGA